UUGUCUGGAACAGACUCCGACUUCUCACUUCAUCUCCUCAGGUUUUAAAGAUGGAGUCUGAUGUUGAGCUGCUGCUGGAAACGCUGACUGGAAUGACUGAGGAGGAAUUCAAAGUCUUUCAGGAGUUCCUCCAGAGGGAAAUACAGACCUACGGGUCAGCUGUAGACCUCAGAAUCAGGCUGCACAGGGCAGACCCCGCGAACGCCGUGCUGAUGUUGGUGGAGGCCUGGAGAAUGCAGUCUCUGGAUAAAACAAAGAAUAUUUUAAAGGAGAUGGGGAAGAUCAGUCUGGUUAAGAAGCUGUCAGACAGCAGACCAAGAUCCAAAGAAACAGAAAUUGAUAAACUUCCAACUGCACUCAUCCACAAAGUAAGCAUUGUCUGAUCUGAGGAGUCUCCAGACGUCCAGAUUAAGAUAAUCCCAGAGUUCAGAGGUAACCAGAUGAAAAGCUUCCUGUCUGGAAUUGAACAUGUUCUUCUUGGUUCAGGUGGCAUCGAUGGCCGCUGCCAGAGAUCAUCUUUCAGAAAUACUGGGGGCUCUAAAUCAGGAAGAAUUCCAGCUCUUCACAUGGUCUCUGCAGUUCACUCUCUUUCAACGGGGUCUCCAACCUUUUCCAUCUAGCAGCAGGUUGUCGUUGAAGAAGGAGAAAUUACCGGAUGAGCUGUUGGUUCGAUGCGGCCGACAGGCCGGGGAGGUGCCCGCCGAGGCUUUAACAGGCAUCAGCAUGUCUGAUUUGGCUCACAGGCUGUCAGACGGCUGCCCAAGAGGAAAAGGGAAACAGGAAGUAAUUUGGCCUGAACUGAACGACAAAGUGGACCAGUUAGAGUCUGUGAUCCAGAAGCUGAUGGAUAAACUGGCUCAGCUGAGUCUAAGAGAACUGGAGGUUGUGAAGAAGAAAGCUAUGUUUGAGAUGCGUUUAAACCAACAGUGUUUAUACCCACAGAGUUUACCUUUCUGGUUUCCUGCUGUGAUCAGAGACCCAUUUGUCCUGAUGGUUAUACUGGUUCUGGCUUACGGCCAACAAUCUGAGGAUAAAAUAUCAGACUUUUUAACUCCUCCGAGACAUUCUCCUCUCAGACCUGGAAAGUCCAGCUCUGAAACUGAAGUGGAUGAAAAACGAUCAGCUUUGAUCCGCAGAGUGGCGACCUUGUCAGCUUUAAGACAGCUGCUGGUGGAAAUACUUACUGAGCUGAGUGACGAUGAGCUCAACGAAUUUACAGCGUCACUGCAGGUAAAGGUUUGGUGGAGUAUUCCUCAACUCUCGUUGUGGAACAGGUCAGAUAGAUCAGCAAUAGUGGAUCUGAUGAUGGAAGAGCUGGGCCCGCGCUCUGUAGACGUCACCAAGCAGCUUCUCACAGAACUGAAGAGGACAGACCUGCUGCAGAGGUUCCCUGCAUCCCCACAGCAUAAAGAGAAUCUGUCUGUGGAAAAACCAGCGGAUGCAUCGGUGAGUUUGACUUAGAGACUAAGACAGAUUUUAUUUUUUUUGUUAACACAAGUGUAA